AGGGCCCAGGCCUGGCCCAGGGUGCCCCCGGGGGGCCCGGAGCAGGCCUCUGGUGGGGAAACUGAGUCAGAAGCCAGCCUCCGGCCGAGGCCUAGUCGUGUGUGAGCCCAGUUAGGGGUAGGGGGGCCAAGACCCUUGGGGGUCUCAGAGACCAAGGGGCAGGGGCUUCAGGGCCUCCCAGUCCAGAGCCGGAUUGGCGAGCUAGACGCUUGUAGAUCCCGGGUUGGAUUGGGGUGGGGUCUCUGGGACGUUGGCUAGCGAGGCAAGGAUUGGGGGGAUUUAAGUGCUUGGAGAUCCAAGUCAGGUCUUGGGUAGGGGGAGUCAGACAAUUGGAAAGCCUAGGUGGUUAUUUGGGGAGGGGUCUUUGCGCUUGGGCGAAGCGCAAAGCUGCUGCGCCUGUCGGACUCGAGGCCCGAGGCCUUGUCAAGAGAGGCUUCUGUGCAGGGUGGGCCUACUAGGCCAGGCCGAGAGAAAGAAAGUGAACAAAUCAGGACUAUAAGUGGGCGGGGGGCCCCUGAGAGGGGGGUCACAAAGGGUGAGACAUGGCCACCAGGCGUUUAACCGACGCUUUCUUGUUGUUGCGGAAUAAUUCCAUCCAAAACCGGCAGCUGUUAGCCGAGCAAGUGAGUAGUCACACCACCUCCAGCCCUCUGCAUUCACGUAGCAUUGCUGCGCUGGCUGAUGACCGCAUGGCUCUGGUGUCAGGCAUCAGCUUAGAUCCAGAAGCAGCGAUUGGCGUGACAAAACGGUCACCUCCUAAAUGGGUGGAUGGCGUGGAUGAAAUCCAGUACGAUGUUGGCCGGAUUAAGCAGAAGAUGAAGGAAUUAGCCAGUCUUCAUGACCAGCAUGUAAACAGACCUACCCUGGAUGACAGCAGUGAGCAGGAGCAUGCCAUUGAGAUCACCACCCAAGAGAUCACUCAGCUCUUCCACAGAUGCCAGCGUGCUGUGCAGGCGCUGCCCAGCCGGGCCCGCAGGGCCUGCUCAGAGCAGGAGGAGCGACUCCUUCGCAAUGUGGUGGCCUCGCUGGCGCAGACGCUGCAGGAGCUCUCCACCAGCUUCAGGCACGCGCAGUCGGGCUACCUCAAACGCAUGAAGAAUCGAGAGGAAAGAUCCCAGCAUUUUUUUGCUACAUCAGUACCACUAAUGGAUGAUGGAGACGAUAAUACUCUGUAUGAUCGGGGCUUUACAGAUGACCAGCUGGUUCUGGUGGAGCAGAACACACUGCUGGUGGAAGAGAGGGAGCGUGAGAUUCGCCAGAUCGUGCAGUCCAUUUCUGACCUAAAUGAGAUCUUUAGGGACUUGGGAGCAAUGAUUGUAGAACAGGGCACAGUCCUUGAUAGGAUUGACUAUAACGUUGAGCAGUCCUGCAUCAAAACUGAAGAUGGCUUGAAGCAGCUUCACAAGGUCUGAUCCCACCCAGUGGUGUAAGGUCACCCAGGUGACACCCUGCACAGGUCCGGCCAGAGCCCUUCGCUUCCCUGUCCGCACGCGCAGGGCCUGGUGUGGGGGCCACUGAGGCGCCUGAGUGUGAUGAUAAAGAAAGGCUUGCCCUGUCCAGCGAAGGACUCUCAGCAUCCAGAGUCACUUGAGCCCCAAGCCUGUAUAUUAAGAGUGAAAAAUGAGGUGAGUUUCUCACUCCACGGCACCUAGGUUUUGAUGUGCUGGUGAAUGAGGCGCUGGCUUCGUGGUUUCUUGAAUAAAAACGAGUGCACCGUGUUGUGUAAUAUUACACAGGUAAAGGGGAAGGCUUUCUCUGCUGGAGUGUGCAAGCGUAGUGGGAACUAAAAAUUUUGUUUAGGUUCUACUUCUAUAAAUCAGGUUGAGAGGUUUUAAAGUAUGUCGCUUAGCACUGGCUUCCCUGGUGUCCUGGGCUGCUGAUGAGAGCCAUGAGCGCGCUCUGCGUCUCUCUCGAGUCACAAGCCAUGGGUGCGUGGCGGCCGUCCCGUCCCGUGCAGAUGGUCGCUCUGUGCAAGCCACCCUCGAGCCAGGUUUCCCCUCGCUUGAAGAGUGGCUCCUGGUGGGUGUGGAGCUGAACUUGGGGAACAGAACCACCAGUCUGACAGUUGCUGGGGAACACGGGAACAGCGUGGACAUUCCUAGCAGCUAUAUUCCAGGUUGUCUCCUCGUCCUUGCCUGUGACGCAGCCCCUGGAAAGGGCAGAGCGUGUUCUCCUCUGCUGCGGUUACAGACACCCCCAGACUCUCCUCUCCCCACUCUCUGCUCCAGGUUGGCCCCUGGCAGCACAGGGUCACCAAAGUUUGCACUGUUUGCAGGCGGCUGGGCUCCCGGUCGGCUGUGGAGAGCACAGGCCCUAGGGCUCUCUGCUGUCUGCGCUGUGUCCUCAGAGCGCAGGAGAACUCAGCCCGGGUUCUCUCCAGGAUACGUGGCACCCCCGGGGCACUUGCCCUUUGUCUUUCCUAGAGUGAAUUGUUUUUCCUGUCUCCACGUGCAGGGCAGAUGGGAGCAAAUGUCAGGCCAGAGCCCUGCGUCCUGGCCGUGGGCGUGGGCUUGGUUUUCUAGGGGAGGGGGUGUAUUUUCAUCCCAAGAACUGGGUCCAGAAACGAGAGGCUUCCCGCGAAAGGAGAUGGGGUCCUCCCAGUCAGCCGCUGGAAGCAUCACUAGGAGGAGGAGAAGCAGGCCUGCUGUCUCGGUCUUAGCAGCGGGUCCCGCGCCUGUUGCGUGCGCCCAGGGUGGGUUGCUACCGCGUGGGUGACUUCUCUGGCGCUGUUGGAAGCCAUGGUGGUGCCGCCGCCAGUGGAGGCGCCGGUCCCACCGCGGAGUCAGGAGGCCGGGCUGUGGACGGUGGGGAAGUGACUGCCUUUUCCCUCCUCU